UUACAUAUUUCAUGGUUAUGUUUAUAAAAAAUAUUUCAAAAUUUAUCAGUUUUAAUAAAACGUAUUCUCAUCAAUUUACAUUCAUGUCAUCACAAAUUUCAACGUGGCGAGUACCCAAAAUGAACUAAUUGACCUCUUGGUGUCAUUUUUUGACUUAGUAAGUAGUUAUUUCAAAGGAAAAUGUUCAAUCCUUUCAGUAAUAUAAAUGAAAAUAUAGACUCAUCCCCUUCCAAAAAUCGGCGAAGGGGCUCUGCAGGGGAUAUCAACGACUCGUGCCAAAAGAUGGUGGACAAUUCAGAAAAUAUUUUAAAAGUACUCAAGAGAUUAUAUUUUGACAAACAAAUGUGCGAUGUCUUCCUACAGGUGGGCAGUAAAGAAUACGGUGCCCACAGAAUCAUUUUAUGUGCCUCUAGUGAUGUCUUUCAGGCAAUGCUUAUGAGUCCAGAAUGGACAGAAUGGCACGAAAGCAGAGUUCAGCUCCAAGAAAUGACUAUUUGUGAACCAUAUUUCCAUAUGUUUCUAGAAUAUUUUUAUACCGGUAAAAUUUUAAUCACUCACACAAAUGUGAUGCCAAUCCUGGCUCUGGCCGACAAAUAUAUAGUUAGGAGUCUCACAAGGACUUGUUUGAACUACAUGUGCAAGCACGUACCUCACGCAUCAUCACACAACCAGCUGUUCUCUUGGUUACAAUACAGCAUGGUUUGUGGGCAUCAAAAAGUAUUCGACACAUGCCAAAACUUUAUAAAAUGGAAUUUUGAAUCGGUUGCUAAUACGCCUGACUUUAGCAACUUUGACAUUGAUACGUUUGUGAGAAUCUUGCAGCAGAGUGAUAUCGUUGUACAUAACGAGAUGGUCCUCUAUAACUGUGUUGUGCGGUGGCUGGAUUUGCAAAAAAUAAAGCUUUGUCAACAUCAGGCAACUAACGAAGAUAUCGAGGAGGAGUAUAAGAUUUUGGUGGAGAGGAUUAUGCGAUAUAUAAGAUUUCCUAUGAUGACUCCCAGGGAGUUGGCAGACCUGCUGCUUUCCCCUGUCAUCAAGCAGCAUAAAGAGUUCUUUGUAGAUCGCAUGGCCAUAGGAAUGAAGUAUCACUCAGGAUACUCGGACCAAAUAAUGAGUUACUACAACACUGAAGAAGGGAAAUUGUUGUUUACCUCUCGGUUGUACACUUCAGACAGUUGCAGUGCUUUGUUGACUAUAGAGAAUUUCCACGACAUUCCCAACUAUCACACAAGUACUUUUGUAUUUUCUUCCCAUCUUUCUGCGGCAGAGCACGAGUCUCACAAGAUCAACGAGUGGCUGGUUGAUCUCUACCCCAAGGGGGUUUGGUUUAAAAAAUGUUUUCUUAUCGUGUGGCAGGGAACCCUUGAAGUGCCUCAGGAAAUCCUUUCUACAGUACGACUUUCCUUAACGUGUCGUGAGCUCUCUGAAUUGGAAAUGCGAGUUCGAAUAUCAGUAUUGAUUUACGGACUGCAAGGAGGCAUCGAACACGUUACAGAAGUCAGGGAGAAGGUCCACCAUUUCACUCCACAGGAGAAGGUAGUGAACAUAGACGACUUGAUUCCUUUCGACGAACUCAAUCCCCCCGCCGUGAUGCAAGGAGAGCGAGAGACUCCGUACUUAGUGGGACCGAACAGAGACAAGCUGAAAUUGAACCUGGUCAUUGCACCUAUCAGGUAGCACGAUGACCAUAGUUGUUUGGUUUUCAGAAUAGUGAUGGCAGAAUGAAUGACUUGGGGCUGAUAUAUGGAUCAUACUUCGGAGAUAUGGAAGUUUUUUUGGUAUAAGUACUUGGGAGAUUCAUGAUCUGAAAUAUAAUUUCAUUUAUGCAAAAUGGGAAAUAAAAUAAUUUUUCGGGAAAAAUAUGAAUCAGUUCAAAAAUUUGUUUUUUGACAAAUAGGUUUUGAAACAAUCUGCACGGUAACUUUGUAUGUAGUAACGCUAUAAAAAACACUAAAUCUCGAAGCUCUAUGUCAAGUCUACAAAACAAUUGAAAUCUGUCAGUUAUAAGAUUCAUUAAAUGUUAUCAUUCUCAUGGUAGAAUACAUUUUUUUCAAAUAUCUUUGUUUGUGUCAAUGAAAUCUUGUAAGGAUUUUCAAAAAAGAAGAAAAGACACCAUCUGAUCGAUGAUUUUGAACUGAAAAUUGGUCGAUUUUUCAAAAUCUUGACUCCUUUAUAAGUUUCGGUUCAGUUGGGAUAUUGGUUAACGAUUUUUUCUUAUCCGAUUCUAAGGACCAUUUUUUUACAUUUCUCCAAAACGUCAACAGUGAAUGUACAAUAAUAUUUGAAAAAGAUCCAACCAUGAUCUGAUUCUUGUUCAAAAUUAAAAGUGACUUGGUUAUUUGAAUAUUGAUAUGUCUCCAAUUUUCAGUUCACUUUUUAUGUCAUGCAGCUGUUAUUGACAAGAGGAUCAUAUUUCAUAUUCCUUCUAAAUAUAUGUUUUCAGUAUUAGCAAAAGAAAAGUGCAAUAAGCCCAUGAAACUGCAGUGUUUUUGGAGACUUGGAAUAGUGACUCUUCAGCACAAAAAAUCAGUAAAAGCAUAACUUUGUUCAUUGCUGAGGAAAAGGUUUAAUAACUUUUCUUAAUUUGCAUUUUAAAAGUUAACAAUAUAUGGGCUUCUCAUUAAUAAUCGCUCAUGGAGAUGUGGACAAAUUUCUCUCUUAAAAUUCACAGUGUGUCCUACAAAAUACUACAAUUUGGUCAGUAACAAAUACUUUUUUUAAUAGGUAAUAGGGCCAAUAUCAUGCACAAAUUAUGCCAGAGGUCAAUACAAAUCAAAGUAGAUUAGGCAUUCUCAGAAAUCACUUUGUACAGAAUAUAUUUGAAAAAUUUCGUAAACUAAUUGUGGAAGAGAAAGAGGUGAAAACUUUCAUAUAGUAUUCUCAAAACUGACAGUUAAAAUUUAAUUGCGUCAUUCAUCUUAUUGUAGAGAAAUAAAUGAUUUUUUGUUUUCAAUGCUAUCGAAAUUGAAUUCUCAUAGAUGAAUAUUUAAAUUGAUUUUAGUAUAAGUCACAAUAUUUAUAAAAGAAAUAAGAACGCCAAAAAAUCUGUUUUCUCCACACCUCCAGUCAAAAGAAGCAUUAAAAAAAACGAGCAAUUAUUGAAACAUAAUUUUUUAACUUUCCAGAAUGAGUUUUUUCGAAUAUAUAUUGUACAAAAAGGGUGGUUGGAAAUCCUGAAUAUGAAAGGUAUUUUAAUUUAUAUUGACUCUUGAUAUAAUUUUUGCAAAAAUGGAUCCUAUUACCCCCUGAAAAAGGGUAUGUCAUUAUUUUUUAUUAAUAAACCUAGUUCUAUGUUCUGUAACUCUAAAAAGUUGGUCGAAAUCAUACUUUCGCCAGAAAUACGGGGUGACUCGAUUAAAGUGGGGCACACUGUAUAUUCAUUGGAUGUCACUUUAUGAUAUUAGGGUUUCCAUGUUUUAAAUAAAAAAUUGGUGAAUCCGUGUUAUGUUUUCUGAACGAUCAUAAAUUUUCCUUUGAAAAUGGGGUAUUUUUAUUAGAAUUUCACAUAGUUUUCAAAUUUAUUAGCUUCAUAGUAAAAUGAAAACUGAAUUUUCACAUAUAAGUUAGAGGCAUGUUUUGUAUUGAAAUGAAUUUUGUCAUAUUCUUAUUCCAGAAAAAAAUCCAAGGACAAAUGAGAGAAUUUUGAACUAUUAAAUUUCAAUAUUUUGUUUAGGUUAUAUUUUAUAUUUGCUUAUUUGUUUUGCUUUUAAAUUACUGGAAAGUAUUGACAUAAUUAAAACCUUGACAAGAAAAUAAUAAUUUAUAUUUGCAUUGGAAAAAUGUAAACUGGACAAGUGCCAUAUUAUUGAAUACUUUGUUUGCCAUUGAAAAUGGCAUGCUAUACAUUUAUUACUAGCUUGCAAAUUAAAUGAUUAGAUAUUAAGUUCAUCAUUUUAAUUACAAGAUGUAAACCGUUUCAUCAAAAUAAAAGUUUAAUACUGUUAUUA